UUUUUCCAUCUAUCCAAGCCUUCCGUUGUUGGUGAUAGGUGGCAGGUAUUCCAUAAGUUUAGUUGAGAUGCACGAAAGCUAGCCUUAAUUUCACGAUUAUAAAAAGUAAAGGACUAGUUUAUCAUCAGUCAAAGUUCAAGGGGUAUGAGCGCACUUCCCAUUUUUUCUUGAAAGGAAAAAAGUCAGAAUAUGGGUCCUCAUUUGCCCCGCUUCAAUUCUCCCGCCAUUUGUGAAAAAAGAGAAAAGAGGGAAAAAGCUCCAAACCCUAACUCCGCUUAAUCCCUCAUCGAUCUGACAAUGGUGUCAACCUCCUGGACAAGAGGUUCCUACAAGCCCUUGAAAAAAUGGGAAAGAUUUGUCACCUUUAUCUAACGAGAGAUCAUGCAUACUUCCUUCAUAACCUCCUUAACGGUGAUGGAAUCCAAUGCAUUGCUCAAUUCCGUAAAGAAGCACUCUUCGAUGAGUAUCGCAUUUCUAGUCAAAACGAUGAUCGGAUUUCUUUUGCUAUUGAUCUCUCUCUUUUGCACCGCGCUCUUCAUAGUAUCAUUAGUGUUUACACCGAGUUUAGUGCUGGGGAUAGUGGAGUUCCUGGUGGAAAUAGUGCCCCUAACCGUAUUCAAAUCAAGCUGGUGAAGAAGCUUCCUCCUCAUUCUCAACAACCGAUGCCUUUUCUUACUUUCGAGACGAAAGGUUACAAGUCUGCUGUUAUUCAAGAUGUGCCUAUAUCUAAGCCGUUGUCGAGGUCUGAUGUGCUUGAAUUACAAGCAGCUCUUGAUAUGGCUCAGGAUUUGCCUCAGACGCUUAUACAAGUUCCGGCUAUGCAGCAGUUACAGAACUUCGUGGAGAAAAUGAAAAAUGUUGGUGAUGUGCUUAAUGUUUCUAUUAGCAAGUAUGGUGAUCUGCAUCUGCAAGUUUCUACUACGCUGAUUACGCUUGGUGCUGAGUUUCGGAAGCUGACAGUUAUAGGAGAACAAGCGCAGAGUCCAACGGAGGAUCAGAAUUUGAGUGCUCAGUCAAGGACGAGAAUAGCAAUUCAGAGAGGAGAUGCAAUGACAGUGCAAGUGAAUGUAAAACAUUUCUUCAAGAGUCUUCAGUGUCAAUCAGCAAAGCCUGAUUGCGCUUUCUAUGGGAUCGCUCAGCAGGGUUCAUGCUUAACUGUCGUAUUUCAGUUCUUCAUCCCAGGUACACAUCAAACGGACAAGGCAAUCAGUCUACAUUGUCGGCUACCUGUUCUCGACACUGGAUCUAGUUGAAAAGUUGACUAAAUCAAGAUUGGUGUUUCUUUGGCGGUCUAACCUUCCUAAAUUCCUUGCUGGUUAUGUUAAUACAGUCAUAGACUCGUAGCUGAUAGCAUUAGUCAUCAUAACAUGGAUUAUAAUGUCCUUUCUGUGUAAUUAAAUGAAGACUUAAUUAUGUAGAUUAGACUCUUGGUCCUGCACUGGUGAGAUAUAUACAACUGCCUGGACUUUAACGGGUUGUGCAAUCCAUUGUUCUCCCCAAUCUUUUGCUAGUUUUGGAAGGUGUACUAUUGUAGUAAGCGUUUUCUUGAUACUCGUAUGGUGUGUUUUAGAUU